GCCGCGUGCGCUGUGCAUAAUCAAAUGUGCAACCGUGCAGUGUGUCUCAUGUAAGAUGUAGGCUGUAGCCUGUAACUGUUUGAAUUUUGAAUUUUAAUAUGUAAAUUGUAACUUAUGUAAGAGUUUUAUGAGUAUUAGUUGCUAGCUAAUAGCUGUUAGAAUUCUUGACUUUUAUAGUUGACUACGACGAUGUUCAAAUUAAAAACCACGAUAUUCGUUAAAUCGUUAUUAAUUAUAAGAACUUAAUUUUUAGACUUUUUAAAUUAAAUUUAAACAAGGAACGAUAAAAAUUGGAUAUUGAAAUCAUUUAUUGUGCUCUUGAACACGGCAAACAAAAAUCAUGAGUGUUAAUAUGGUGCAGCAUUUUGAGUAUACAUGCAAAUUCAUUACAGCUUUUUCGCUCGAUAAUCAUUUCAUAUUCUCCACGGAUGCUGGACUUUUAAUAGCCGAAUUGCAGUCUGAUAUUUUCAGAUCGUCAGCGGAUUACAAAGUGCUACGUACAUGGUUGAGUUUCUCCAAUGUCAAACCUUUUGAAGACAAAAAUUUCAAACGUAUUCGAUUUCAAAGACCAGUAUUUUGCUGUGAAAACAAUUUAACAUCGAUUAAAAAUCAUCAAAAUUGGAAUGUAAUUUAUUUGACCAACAGUGGCAGUAUUGUUUUUUUGGACAAGCAAAAUGGUAAAUGGAUUGAAAAAUUAAGUGAAAUUCCACAAAAAUGGUUUUUGCAUUUAUCAAAAGAUGCGGAUGGAGUUUGUAAUUUGAAAAAAAACUACACAAAAGAUAACAGAAUUCUUAUGUAUUGCCGUGAAAGAGAGAAAAACCUACACAUUAAAAAUUUUGUCAACACUCAUUUACUUAAAAAAGUUGACGGAAACAAUUAUUAUGGUACAAUAUGUUGCCAUGUAAACAACACUUUAACAUUUUGGUCAAGUUUUUAUGAAAAAUCGACAUUUUUAGAAACGUUUGAUUUUUACACAUCAUCUAUAAAAUACAUUAAAUGGUUUCGAAUAUCUAAUGAUUUGUCAUGGCUAUUGGUAUUUUUAAAUAACGGUCAAGUAUAUGUUCACGAGUUUGUUGUUUAUCCCACCGUACACCGUACAUUUGUUUUAUGGUCAGAUGAAGAUUUUAGCAUUGUAAAACAUAUUUUGAUUGAACAGUAUCCCGAUGGUCAAUGUUUAAUACUUCUGACUAAAAUGGCAUUUGUUUUGAUCAUUUUAUACUCAUUGACUGAACAAAAGAUAGUGACAAUCAAAAAGGAAAUGAUUCAAAAAACUUCUACCAUACCUGGUCUAACUUUUUUGGCUAAGAAAGAUAUGUUAAUUUUGGUAACUGACAGUGGACAAUUUGUUAGUAUGUGCUUAACUGUAUCGGAUAAUAACGUGACUUACAGUAUGAAGCCAUUAAACAAUAAUUUCAUAGAACAAGUGGAAAAUUUCACAUGUACAUCAGUAGUAUUUUCUCAAAAUAAAUGUACUUGUGUGCUUGCUUUUGAGAGUAAUUUGCCUAGAUAUAGUAAAAAUGAUGGUCACAUAAAAAACAAAUUACUAUUUUGUAUGAUUCCUGAAGACCUAGUUGAACUAGAACAAAAAAUUUUAUCAGUUACCAAUGGAUCAUACAUUAAUGUUAUUGAUUGUAUCGAGACAUUGAGAGUUAACAGAAUGAAUGAUAGUUCUAAAGAAGAAUUACAGUUAGAUCGAAAGGCGCUUGAUACACACUCAGUAGAAUUUCUUAAAUUAAUGUAUUGGAAAUUUGCUUUCAAGAAUAAAAAGACCAACUACGAAGAAAACCUUCUUAGCGAGUUACAAAUUUUGAUUCAUGUCCGUUUUUUAACUGACCGCUUGAUUGAUAACAAAACCAGUACCACAAAUGCCGAACGAUAUUACAUACGAGUAAUGUUUAUAGAAUACCUAAAAAAAUUACCAGUCGACUAUGAAAGUGUUAGGACAGAUGCGGCCAACAUCGUUAGCUCUCUCGCCGAAGCAAAACACACACACUUCUGUUGCACUUGUCAACAUAUCAUUUUAUCUCUUACCGAUUUCAGAAUGUUUAGUUGUGAAAAAAAUCAUACAGAACUCAGGUGCCCGGUUACAUUAGAGUCACUCGGUAUGCCAUAUUUAGUAUGUUCCAUGUGUUUUUCAAUGGCUAAUAUAAAAUCAAGUAAUCAGAAAUGUGUAUGGUGUUUUGGAAAAUAUAUACAGAAUGAAUUACUUUAUUACAUGUAAAAUAAAUGAUAAUACAAAUGUGUUUAAUGUAUGCAGGCGUGUAAAUAUUAUUGGAAAUGUAAAAAUUUAAUA